AUGUUCGAUGAUGAUGAUAUGCGAACGAUAGGCGAUCAAUUAAAAAUCUGUCACAGUGUCACACAGUUGAAUCUAUACAGUGAUCGAAUUGGACCUAGUGGAGCAAAAUAUCUUGCAGAUGGCUUAAAAGAAAACAAAUUUCUUACUCAUUUGUUGAUGGGUGAAAAUCAACUCGGUGAUGAGGGUGCACGACACAUGGCAGAUGCAUUGAAAAUAAAUGAAACUCUUGGGGUAUUAUAUCUUCAUGGAAAUGAUAUUGGUGAUGUUGGAGCUGAAGGUAUAGCCAACGGGCUAAAAGUUCACAAAAAAUUAUACAAAUUGGUUUUAGCUGACAAUAAAAUCGGUGAUAUAGGUGCACAAUAUCUUGCCGAAGCUCUCAAAGUGAACACGGUAGGUCAAUGA